AGAAGAAGAAGAAGUGACCUUCUACGAGGCGGAAGAUGUCAGCGCUGAAAAAGGUGUUACCAUGGCUACUACAGACUCACUGCUGUCUUUUCUUUGAGAAGGACUCAGACCAGAAGUAUUCAUCUUGGUCCCGCUCUCGAAAGUUCAAUGAAGGCAGACGCCUCCCUCCAGCCAGGAACAUGAAGGGCUUAUCGGGCAGCCGUUCCCAACACCAGAUUCCUUUACCCCAUGGCUUGGACUAUGACCCCCACGUCCAUGACCUCCACACUCACCAUGGCUCAGAAUCCCGCCACUCGUCCUACCUGCUCAGCCCCACAGAGAGCUGCCCCAUGGACUUCCACCACCGCUACUCACCCCGCAGCUCCAUCCACUCUGACUGCAUGAUGAUGUCCCCUGUCAUGAUGCCUCCAGCUGCUGCAUCGGACCACAUCUCCAGCAGCACCUUCCCAAGAAUGCACUAUAGCUCCCAGUAUUAUGACUCAGCCACACGGGACGACUGCGCUGCCAUCACAGCUUCUGCCACCUCCCCAGCUGUUGCUGCUGCUGCAGCUGCAGCAGCUGCAUCCUCCCACCACGCCGGCACCAAGAGCAACCGCCUUCCUGCUAACCUACUGGACCAGUUUGAGAAACAGCUGCCACUACACCGCGAUGGCUUCCACACGCUACAGUACCAGCGCACGUCCACCACUACUGAGCAACGCAGUGAGAGUCCUGGCCGUAUCAGACACCUUGUUCAUUCUGUUCAGAAGCUUUUCACAAAGUCCCACUCCCUGGAGGGAUCAUCCAAGAUGAAUGGCACAAAAGGUGAUAUUGUAGGAGGUGGAGGAGGAGGGGGUUAUUAUCAUCAUGGUCACCACUCCACCAAACACGGUAGCAAGAGGAGCAAGAGCAAAGAACGCAAGCACCGCUCUGGUGGCUGGUGGAGCUCAGACGACAACCUUGAUAGUGACAGCACCUACCGCACACCCAGUGUCAUGUCACGGCACCAUGGGGAACAUGUCAGCCACUGCUACCCAGAUUCCAUGCACAGCCACCACUUUGGAGACCUGUCACUCAAGACCUCUAAGAGUAACAAUGAUGUCAAGUGUUCAGCCUGUGAGAGCAUGGCCAUGGCACCUGAGGGCAAAUUCAUGAAGAGGAGCUCCUGGUCGACACUAACAGUCAGCCAGGCAAAGGAGGCUUAUCGGAAGUCAUCGCUUAAUUUAGAGAAACCCAUGAUGCACAUGGAUCACAAACCUUCGCGGACAUGCCACUACCUGCAGGUGCCCCAGGAUGAGUGGAGUGGAUACCCAGGUGAUAAAGAUGAGGAGAUCCCAUGUCGACGGAUGCGAAGCAGUAGCUAUGUCAAAGCUAUGGGCGAGGUGGAUGAUGAGAGCGGGGACUCUGACGCCAGUCCUAAGACCUCUCCACAGAAGGCCAUUCGGCCGGAUGCUCUUGUCCUCAAAUCAGCCAUGCAGAGACAUCAUUUAGACUCCCACAGCCAGGGCUACCACUUGCAAACCACAAGAGAUAUGCGGCCUCAUCCUAGUGUCACGCUGGACCCUGCCACCACCUUUCAUCCCCCACCCUUCCGCUCUCGCAACCAGAGCUACAUGCGUGCCGUCAGCACCCUCAGUCAGGCUAGCUGCGUCAGCCAGGUGAGUGAGACUGAGAUCAAUGGCCAGUUUGAGUCAGUUUGCGAGUCCGUUUUUAGUGAAGUAGAAUCCCAGGCCAUGGAGGCCUUGGACCUGCCUGGUUCGUUCCGCACUCGAAGCCACAGUUACCUCCGUGCAAUUCAGGCUGGUUAUUCCCAAGAUGACGACUGCUUGCCUUCAAUGACAUCCUCCACUGUCACUUCAACUCUCAGAUCCACAACAGGGAUUCAGUUUCGUCUCCCUACUUCGUGCAGUGUGGACCGAGCUCAUCCACCUCCAGCGGUAUCAUAUCCUCCCAGUUACAAGAAGACACCACCUCCUGUGCCCCCGCGCACCACCACCAAGCCUCUUAUCUCUGUGACAGCCCAGAGCAGUACAGAGUCCACCCAAGAUGCCUACCAGGAGGGCAGGCAUCCACGCGGCGGUCUGUGGACCACGGAUAGCCUCGGCCGUCCCAUCUACAGUUCCACGGACAGCCUAGACAGCACCAAGGCGGUCACCAUGGCCAUGGAGUCAGCAGCAGGCAAGAGGCAUGCAUCUUUAGGCAGCCAUAGCUCCGUUCAGACAUGCGACAAAGCAGUGCUGGUGUCCAAGGCCGAGGAGUACCUCAAAACCCCACGUUCCUCCAUUGGGAUACAGGUGGAAACUGUCACAGACUCUGAGACUGAGAGUAAAGGCCUUCCUCAGUUCCAUUCUAUAGGAAUCCAGGUGGAAGACCAUAAACGGCAUGGAAGGUUCAAGCGCUCUAAUAGUGUGACCACUGCAGUGCAAGCAGACAUGGAGCUGGAGGGCUUUCCCUCAAUGGAAGACAAAGGUUUGCAGUUUGGGGGCGGCUUUGGCCGCCACUCUGAGCCCAGCACACCGACACAGUACGGAGCCAUCCGUACGGUGCGCACACAGGGUCUGUUCAGUUACAGGGAGGACUACCGGCCUUCCAGCGGGCCACCCAGCCCACAACCUGAACCCUGGCUGGUCGAGCCGAGCCUGGAGAGCACUGAAACAGGCCGAGUGUCUCCCCUUCGCAGGGACGGCAGCUGGUUCAUGCAGCUCCUUCACAAUGAAACCAAGCGGAUGGAGGGAUGGUGUAAAGAGAUGGAGAGAGAGGCAGAGGAGCAUGACCUGACAGAGGAGAUCUUAGGAAAAAUCCGAAGUGCAGUUGGAAGUGCUCAGCUACUAAUGUCUCAAAAGUUUCAGCAGUUUUACUGGCUAUGCCAGCAGAAUCUGGACCCCAGUGCCAUGCCCAGACCCACAUCUCAGGACCUGGCUGGAUUCUGGGACCUUUUGCAGCUUUCCAUCGAUGACGUCACUGCCAAGUUUGAUGAGCUGCAGCAGAUCAAGAGCAACCAGUGGCAGCUAGUGGAGAGCCCAGAGAAGAAGGAGCGGAAGUGGCCACCACCUCUGCCAAAGCGGCCAUCCAAGGGGCGUGGCGCUAUGAUGCGGGAGCGCUCUCUGGACCUUCAGGACCGCCAGCGACAGGAAGCCCGCAGACGCCUCAUGGCUGCCAAACGGGCAGCUUCUUUCAGACAGAACUCAGCCACAGAGAGGGCAGACAGCAUUGAGAUCUACAUCCCUGAAGCCCAGACACGGCUUUGA